UCCCGCUUUCCCGUCCGCUUCGUCCUCCGGCGUCCUGCGAUAUUGUUCCAUGUGGCCGGGGAGCGGGAUCGAAAUCAGCUGGAUACUUUAAAGGCGACUGCCCACCAUGGACCUUGGCCGCUGGCUGCUGCAGCUGGGCGUGCACAUGCUGCUGGUUGUGCGGCGCAUUCAGUGUCUACGUGUGACUGACAUCAAUGUGCCACAAAUUGUUGAUUUUCGUGAUAACGUGACAUUAUCCUGCAGCUACGACAUAAGUGGUCACACGUUAAAUUCGGUUAAGUGGUACAAAAACGGAAGGGAGUUUUUUAGGUACUCGCCCCUCACCCCGCCCACCUACAUCCCGUUCGCGGUGGAGGGCGUGCAACUGAUCGAUGACGGCAACGAGUGCAACGAAUCCUCCUGUCGCGUGGAGCUCAAUUUAUUGGGCGUCAAGUCGUCGGGCGUCUACAGGUGCGAAGUGUCCGGCGAUGCUCCCCACUUCCAGCUAACUGCACGCGAUGCCAACAUGACCGUCGAAGCUUUGCCCCAAAACAAUCCACUAAUUAGCAGUUUUCAUUCGACGUACCGAUACGAUGACUUCGUGCAGGUCAACUGCAGCACAGACUUUUCCAGCCUGUUCAAUAGGAUAACCUGGUAUGUCAACGGGAUAAAGGUUUCCCCGGAGGAUCUACUGCCCAGCAUUGAGACCACAAUUGUAGCCCAUGGAUACAGCAUGCGUCGCAUUAUUUCCCAGUUAAAUUUCUAUGCUAACGAACCGCGCUUCCACCAGUUACAAUUGCAAAAGCUGAUCCAGCAAAAGAGGACAAUCUCACCCGCCCGACUUGGCAUUGAACUGCGUUGUGUGGCGGAGGUCGAUCGGUAUCCUCAUCUUCAGCGCGAGGGAAGCAUGUUCGCCCAGCUCUUCCGGGAUGAAAUCGAUCAGAAGAAUCAGAAGCUGAUCAACUCGAGAUCCGUGGCCACUCGGAGUGCACAAGUGCAACAUCUGCUGCUGGUGGCAAUUGCGAUGACGAUGACCGCAGCGCGACUCUUCACACCGCUGACAUUUCAAUAUGGCGCACGGAAGUCGGCGCGCUACAAAAUGGCGGCGACGCGAUGAAUUUUCCCUUGUUUCCGGUCUUCCGUUUUUUUUCUGCCUUUGUUUGUUAACCAUUUUUGUAGCUCUAAGCAACUGAAAUGCACGUGAGAAUUUACAAACUAAAUCAAUGUAAUAUUUAUGUAUAAUUGUAUUAAAUGUCACAAAGUAAAAUCAAUGGGAAAUUGAACUUAAGUCUAGGCAAGCGAAUCCUGUAAAUAGCCUUUAAGUGUGCAAUCGAAUUAUAAGAACACAAUGAAAUCAUCGUCAAUAAACAAGCAAGCAAACAAAUGAA